ACUUUUUGUCCUUCAGCGACUCAGCGUGCUUUAAGAACCGGGAAGAAAGAAAUCGAAUAUUCUAUUCCUAUUCGGUAUUCAUCUCCUCCAUCGAUCUGAAGAAAUAUUCUUUGCUUCUCUGUAAGUAUCUGAGGCUUUCUCUCUAAAGAUGGCUAACAACGAUAGAGAAGGGAGUGGGAAAUUUGCAUAUUCUUCUCCUGUUGUUCUCAACGAGAGAAUCCUUUCUUCCAUGUCUCGAAGAUCUUUUGCUGCUCAUCCAUGGCAUGACUUAGAGAUUGGACCAGGAGCACCAGCAGUUUUCAACUGUGUGGUUGAAAUUAGCAAGGGUAGCAAGGUUAAGUAUGAGCUUGACAAGACAAGUGGCCUUAUAAAAAUUGAUCGUGUUCUUUACUCAUCAGUUGUGUACCCACACAACUAUGGCUUCAUCCCACGAACCAUUUGUGAAGAUAGUGAUCCCAUGGAUGUCCUGGUGUUGAUGCAGGAGCCUGUUCUCCCUGGCUGCUACCUUCGAGCACGGGCUAUUGGGUUGAUGCCAAUGAUUGAUCAGGGUGAGAAGGAUGAUAAGAUAAUUGCUGUAUGUGCUGAUGACCCUGAGUAUCGUCAUUAUAAAGAUAUCAAGGAGCUGCCUCCACACCGCCUUGCUGAGAUCCGGCGCUUCUUUGAGGACUACAAAAAGAAUGAGAACAAAGAAGUUGCAGUGAAUGAAUUUUUGCCUGCUGAAGAAGCCAUCAAGGCAAUCAAGUACUCCAUGGAUCUUUAUGCUUCCUACAUUGUGGAAAGUUUGAGGCAGUGAUAAUAUAUUUCUCUUGAAGACUUGUCACGUUGUCAAAGGCAGGUGGAUUUUCUAUCAACAUGCCUCUACGAGUCUAUGUACAAAUUCCAGUGCGUAAGAAUCUGGUUAUCUCUAUUUAAUAAUGCUUAUAUUGUUCUUCGGAAAAAAGAAACUCCUUUUUACUAGUCCCAGAGUGAACUGGAAAUGGUGAAAGUAUGCAAAAAACAAAUCAACCUAGUCAUAUAAUUACAAGUCUGUAGUUUUUGAAUAUAAUUUAGAAGUUUCAUCUGGACGGUCAAAAAAGUACACGGUGGAUGGUUCAGAUGAUGCAACUAUAAGUGGAUGGAUAUUGUCUAAUUAUCAUCUGGUAAUGGCUUAGUAGUACUUUUCAGUCCCAUUUUGUGUAUGUAUCCGUGGUUAAAGGCAUACAGCACGGCAACAAUGAUGCCAUUCUGUUGA